AUGCUCUCGGAUACGAUUUGUCACAAGAGGUGUCUUUGGCUCGACAUCUGGCAGAUCAAGGGUUCGAUACCUGGCCUGCAGCAGCCUGUGGCGCUGCUUGACUUGCAGCACAUACUCGUUCAGCUGCAGACCUGCAGUGACGUGGAGCUGACGUCAUCUGGCGUGACACAGCUGAGGCGCGCCCUAGAUUCCUUCUUCAGCGAUGCUCAACAAUCACCUGACGUUUCACCUGAGGCUUUUGCAGCGAUGAAAGAUCUGGCUGAUCUGGUAGGCCCAUUGAAAUCCGACGCCACUCUUCCCACUGCCGCUGCCUCCUUCCUCCAGCAGACCACCCGGCUGCUGAGCAACAGCAUCGCCUCUUCCAACCUCGAGAAACGGCUAGCUGAGCUUCAGAAACGGCUGGGGGAAAUUGUCGAGUCUAGACAGGGUGUAGCGACGCCAGGAGUGGCUGAGCUGUACGAGCAGCUGAUUGGUGUGAUUCUGCAGACACAGGACGUGGCGAGCCUUGCCAAGGAGUAUAACUGGGAUUUUGACACGUAUCUGUAUGAUGACCUGCCAGCUGCCAUGCAGUAUGUGCGGAAAUGGUCCCGGCCGCAUGAUGGGAAGAUCCUGGCCGUUGGUCCAGAUGCGGGUCUGUUGGGGGUGGUGACGGUGGCAUCGUCACUCGAAUACUGGAUGGCCAACUCCAGCUUGAAGCUGCUACGCCCACUCUCUGGCCCUGCGCGGGCGCUCAACUUCCCAGUCAUCCCGGUGGCAGUGCUGGCGCGAGCAGCGCUACCUCUCAUGACCCAGCCGCCCUUCACACUGGCGUGGGUGGCGCACCAGGUGUCAGCCCGUGAUGCCAUGGACCCUCAGCUCUUUCAAAAGCUCAUGCAGCACAACUUCUGCACCAUCCCCGUGAAGCUCCUGCUGCAAAUGGAGUCCAUCUUCACGCCAGGCGGGCUGCGCAGUCGCAGCGGGUCAAUCUCGUAUCUCAAGGGGCUGAGGGACUGCUACACGCCCGUGCUCGCCCUUGCUGGCGACUCCGACGGUGUCUGCCCACCCCUCCUUGUUACGGAAACUCUGAAGGCCAUCCCAUCUUCCAACGUUGAGUACCGGUUGUUUGGAGGGUCGGACAACCGUCGCUACGGGCACUACGACAUGCUAGUGGGCAAACAUGCACCAGAGGAAGUGUACCCAGUCAUUACAGAUUUUCUGUCGAAGACUGAUGGUGCUUACGGGGAGCCAGUCAGGGCUGAAGACGAGUUUCCUUCCACAAUGUCUGCCAUGUCAGUUCAACAAGAUAAUGGCAUGCAUGCAAUAUAA